AUGUUGCUGUGGUCAUUAUGGAGUGCAAUAUUGCUACUGACCCCCCUGGAGGCUGCAGAGGAGGAUGAUGUCCGAGCAGGCUGCAGUACAGCUGUAAAUGACCUGGUCUAUAUUGUUGAUGGCUCAUGGAGUGUGGGCUUCACCGACUUUGAAACGGCCAAGCAGUGGCUUAAUAACAUCUCCAGCCAAUUUGACAUCAGUUCCCUCUACACACAGGUAGCUGUGGUCCAGUACAGCGACACUCCUCGUCUAGAGAUUCCUCUGGGGAUACACCAGGGUGGAGCGGAGCUCAUCGAGGCCAUACAGAGCAUCACCUACCUGGGAGGAAACACACAGACUGGCAGGGCCAUCAAGUUUGCCGUGGACCACGUCUUCCCCUCUUCCCAAAGAGCCAGCCAGGUCAAGAACCGCAUCGCUGUUGUGGUUACUGAUGGCAAAUCUCAAGAUGACGUGGUGGAUGCCAGUAUGGAGGCACGAGCACAGGGCAUUACAGUAUUCGCUGUUGGAGUUGGCAGUGAGAUCACCACCUCGGAGUUGAUAUCCAUAGCCAACAGACCAUCAUCCGACUAUGUCUUGUAUGCUGAAGAUUACACCACCAUGGACAGUAUUCGAGACUCCAUGGAGCAAAAACUCUGUGAAGAGUCUGUGUGUCCAACACGAAUCCCGGUGGUAUCUCGGGAUGAGAAAGGCUUUGAGCUAAUGCUGGGCAUGAAUAUUGAGAAGAAGGCCAACAAGAUCCCUGGCUCUCUGAUUUCCAAGGCAGCCUACUCUCUGACUGCUUCCACAGAUAUUACUGAGAAUACCAGGGAUAUUUUCCCAGAGGGCCUCCCUCCAUCCUAUGUGUUCGUAGCCACCCUGCGUCUAAAGGGUUCUUCUAGCAAAUUGACCUUUGACCUUUGGAGGGUGGUGUCUAAGGAUGAGGAGAUCCAGGCUGCAGUGACACUAAGUGGGAAGGACAAAACUGUCAUAUUCACCACCACCAGUAGAACAGGAAAGUGGCAGAGAGUCACCUUUAAAGCCGGCUUUCAGAAUCUGUAUGAUGGAAAGUGGCAUCAGCUCAAAGUCCUGGUGAGACCACGCCAGGUCACCAGUUUCCUUGACGAUCAACCGAUCCAGGAAAUAACGCUGGAACCAGUGGAACCCAUUUACAUCAAUGGGAAUACACAGGUGGCAAAGAGGCAAGGAACAGACAUCACUGUGCCUGUGGAGAUUCAGAAGCUGCGUCUGUACUGUGAUCCUCAUCAGAGUGAGAGAGAAACCGCUUGUGAGAUUUACUCUGUGGAUGAUGAAAGGUGUCCCCUGAAUCGAACAUCCACAGAUAAGGAAGAAGACUGCAACUGUGUCGUUGGACCACAUGGGCAGCCAGGCCUGCCAGGACGCAUGGGUUUCCGAGGGGAGAAAGGGAGGGAAGGACCACCAGGACCUGAUGGUAAGCCUGGUAAAGAUGGGAAACCUGGGGAAUCUGGCCCUCUUGGAUUACCAGGGAUGAAGGGUGAAGUUGGCCCAGCAGGAAUGAGAGGGGAGCCUGGUCUCAAAAGUGAAAGGGGAAACAUAGGGGAACCAGGCUUAUUAGGAGAAAAAGGACCCCCAGGACCCAAGGGUCUUCUUGGUGAGAGAGGUGAGCUGGGACCUCCAGGAGAAGCUGGUCUAAUGGGGGAGCCAGGACUACCAGGCACCGGCGGACUGGUUGGGCCACUAGGACCAAAGGGGGAGAAUGGAGUCAGCGGUGCAGCUGGAGCUCCAGGCGCCUUGGGCAUCCAGGGACCUCCUGGUGAUGUUGGCUCAAAGGGACCUCAGGGAGAGGGAGGCUUGCCUGGGCCACAAGGACCACCUGGAAUAAACGGAAUACUGGGAAUCCAGGGGCCUCGGGGGCCGCCCGGAGUGAUCGGCCAAGAUGGUCUCAAGGGGAAGUGUGGAGAGCCAGGGGUCAUUGGUCCUGUUGGUCCGCCAGGCCAGAAGGGCUUAACAGGGGACUCAGGUUUUCCAGGGCUGCCGGGUGCCAUGGGGCUGCAUGGGUUCAACGGUCACAAGGGGGAGAGAGGAGAGACAGCCACUAAAGGAUGCCAGGGGGAACCAGGCAGAGAUGGAGAACCAGGGACUUCUGGUAUACCUGGCGAAGUGGGACCCAGGGGAAGGAAAGGAGAGACAGGAGGGACAGGUGACGUAGGCCACAGGGGACCUGAAGGAAAGAAAGGGGACACGGGCCACAUAGGUGCUGUUGGCUCCAGGGGAUUUACUGGUCAGGACGGUUUGCCGGGCCAACCAGGCCAACCAGGAUAUCCAGGGAAACCUGGCAAGCCUCCCUCAGAUGAACAUCUUCUAAAGCUCUGCACUGAUGUUCUGCGUAAUCAACUCCCAGCCCUGCUCCAGACCAUUGCUCCCCCAGCAAAGUGUGAACCCUGCCAGAGCGUGAAGGGAACCCCAGGCGAGCCUGGAGCACAAGGACCCAAAGGCUCCAUGGGAACACCAGGCUACCCUGGCAGGAGUGGAAAUCUAGGUUACCCAGGACCUUCUGGAAUGCAGGGUCCUGUAGGCCUCAAAGGUGACAUGGGAGCAAGAGGGCUCAAAGGCAGCAAAGGAGAAGGUUACCAUGGACCCCCAGGACCACCUGGACAGCCAGGGAUUCAGGGUCCGCGUGGCUUUGAUGGAAUAGGCCAUCCAGGAAACGAGGGAAUUUCUGGAAAACCAGGACCACAAGGACAUCCUGGUAAACGGGGUCACCCAGGGCUUCCAGGGAUUUGUGAUGUUUCCAUGUGUUAUCAGAACUACGACCUCAUGGAACAUUACAGCAAAGGACCCAAUGUCUGAUGACUUGGAGCGUGGGAGAGGCUGCUAUUGAACACACCCGAGUAUUUCGAGGGAAGCGAUUUACUGUAUCACUGAUUUACAGAGAUAUGUGUGACUGUGGACUCCUUUAUGGCAAAAUUGUGUGGAGAACAGCUGCACUUGAGGCAGAAAUAACCUCAUUAGUUGAGUUAAAGUGAAAUAGGCAGGGCAUCGAUUCAUGAUUAUGGAAAUUAUGAUCAAAGACAGUCAGCAGUUUAGCAAUCUAGUUUGCUGAAAUACCAGACUAAAAAUGCUUACU